AUGUACAUAUCAGGCUCUGCUCUGUCAUGGGAACCACAGAUGGCUGCUUCGUUAAAGUGUACCGACACGCGACCUGGCUGGGCUACUGGACUGUGCAAAGUUCCCCUACCACCACGAGAUCUUGUAUUCACGCGCAAGUUCCUCGCACAGAGUAUUAACGCCUUUUUCCAAAGCGCAGCAUAUUAUACUCCUAUCUUUUAUAUCGCAGCAUAUUCCAAAACACUUGGCUAUAACGAGACGGAUGGAGCAAACUUUACAGCUCUCAGCAACGCUUGCAAUGCUAUAGGAAAGGUUGGGGUCGGAUUUGUUGCCGAUAAGAUUGGACGCCUAGACUCAUUCUUUCUGACGACGUUAUUGAGUUGCACGUCCACGGCAGGCCUCUGGGUUUCGAGCACCGUUCUGGGGUCAUCAGACAUAGAGCUUGGCAGAGCACUGUUCAUUGCCUUCACAGUCGUGUACGGCUUGUUCGCCAGUGCGUAUAUUGGCCUCUUCUCGCCUGCGUUAGUUGAACUGUUUGGUAUUACUGACAUGCCGCAUAUCACUGGUAUCAUGUAUAUGUUUCAAGGCGCAGCUGGCCUGCUGGGGACACCAGUGGCAGGCUUACUGGUAACUGAAAGCGCGUCUCCGAAUUCUUAUCUCUAUAUGGCUGCUCUGGUGGGAGCUUUCAUGUUUAUUUCAACGAUAUCUGUCCAAUGGGCAAGGAUGGAAUUGAUGGUUGAGCGCGCUGGUGGGAAGUGGCAAUGGGUAUGGGGGCUGUGA